AUGGCGGAGCAGCCGAAAGUCUCUCAACACCAUCGAUUCCCGUGGAUAAUCCAAAUACCAUUAAUCUUCUUCAAGAUUUUCGGACUGGCGACCUUCAACAUCAAAAUCAAGAUGACUGUUGGCCUUCGUGGUUCAAGAUUGACCCCCGUCUUCAUCUAUUCCCGACUUGGAUGCAUCUACAACCUCGUUUUCAUGUCCUUCUUUGUGGGGAUGGAGAUUUUGGGCGCAUCCUACGUCUACCAGAUGGAAUAUCCCCACAAAACCAUACUGACCCAGACCAUCGACCUCAUUCAGUGGUUGUGUGGUCUGAUAGUAGUUCUGACAAGUCUGGUAGUCUUCAUCGCGAAUCAGAAGACCGCCGUCAAAAUCGGCAACCGAUUGUCCAGGGUGGAUCAGACCUUCUUCAGCGUCGACGUGAAGGUGCAACAAAGGUUCCCCCUGAUCAUCUUCAUCUGCCUCUUCGUCUCUAUCUCCUUGUUCUGGAUGCAUCUCUUCAUCAGCGAGAUAAACGCCUUCAAAGUGCCGACGAUCUCGAUAUUCACCUUCACAGGUCCCGGCUUCCUGGCGAAUCUGCUCUUCUUCCAGUACAUUUUAGUGGUGAAGAUGAUCAGCAACAGGUUCGAUAUCCUCAACCGAGCCAUCGCCGAUAUCGAUGGCGAAGAAUUGACGGAAGAGGUCUACCCAACCCUGGCGAUUCGAUAUCAAAGGUGUUUCUUAAGCGAGGUCGAGCUGAUGAGGAUAGCUCGACUUAGAGACGUCCACCUAGAUCUCUGUCAGAUCUGUCGAAGCGUUUCGGAUUAUUACUCCAUCCCGACAUUGUUUAAUGUAGGGUAUUACGUCUUCGCGUUGGUGUACAAUGCGUACUACAUAGUCAGUCCCAUAAUCCAUCUGAAGGACUCCCCUAGUGCAGAAGUCGUUAUCAACGUCUUGUCGUGGGCGUUCAUCGCCCUCGUUUCCAUUACUUUCCUGUCCUCCAGCAUCAGCACGACCGUUGGAAAGAUGCACGAAACUGCAAACGUCGUCAACAAGGUUUUGGCGAACACAGUGAACCAGGAUGCCAGAAUUGAGCUGCAACAAUUCUCCCUGCAAUUGCUGCACCGGAACACGACGUUCACCGCAUGUGGGAUGUUCUCGUUGGAUCGCACACUCGUGCAAUCGGUAAUCGCAACCACGAUUACUUACCUGAUGAUCUUCUUCAACACGAAAGACGGAAUUCGCGCCGCUGGCGGAUGCAACUGCACUUUUCCAAACUCAUCGCUGGACAUUUUCGAAGAAUAGGACAAUUGGCAG